AUGAAGGAAAUAACUAUUCGUAAAGCAGUUGCAGCCGAUUUGGAGGCCAUAUUAGAAAUAUCGGAAGGUAUUUACAACGGACACGAUUACUUUCCCUGUGUUUUCCUCCAGUGGCUCACAAAACCGAACCGCACAAUUUUUGUGGCUCAGUAUGGGGACCAGCUCAUUGGGCUAAGGGCGAUUCAUAUCAUAGAUGAGGGGAAAACGUUCAUCAGCCAAGGUUUGCGGAUCCAUCCCAGAUUUCGAGGCUUGGGAUUAAGUUCACGAUUGAUCGAAGCUAUCCACGGUUACAUUCGAAGCGAAUAUCCGAAUGUCUGUCGAGAACGCUUCACCACAAAAUCCGACAACAUCGAGCGACUUGCCAUCCAAAAGAAGUAUGGCGACAUUGGUUUAUUCGAGAGAGAAAUUUUGGCCUACUACAUUACUAAAGAAACGCUGAACCAAAAGACCCUAGAAGACGAAGCCCAGAAUCUUGGCUUUCAGGUCAAACCCUGCACGGAAAGCUUUCUUUACCAUUACAUUCUAGACGACUCAGUGGCAAACAUGUUUCCUGGCCGUACUAUCAUCGUCGACUGGGAACCGUUCGAAGCUCUCCGAUCUAACAUCGGCUGCAUUCUUGAACAAGAUGAUUGUGUAUUCUCUGACCGAGAUGCGGCCGACUGUUCUCGUGAUCAGUUACCGAAGUCAUUCGCCCACGGUCGGCGGUCUCCCCGAGUAAAGCACAUGCAUUGGGUGGCUUCCAUUUAUACAGAAGACCCUGUGAUGUUCCAAGUGCACGUGGUUCAGCAACUGAAAUGUGCCUAUCAGCAACUGCAAGGAGAUUUUAUCUUCUCUACAUUUCACAAGGAACGCCACACCAAAUGGGGCAGGAAGCUUCUAGAAGAAAACAUUGGGUUAAAACCGGUGGAGUUCUUCCGUGAUUUUGGAUUGAUGAUGUUUGAACGGAAAUUUGUCUAAUAACUCGUUAUGAUUUCGGUGCAAUUACAGAAAAAAAGGCUUACAACUAACCUCGUCGUGUUUUACCUCUUGUUUAGCUUCCAACGCAGAUUUUCUUAGGGCUUCGCCAGGCGUUCCUGACCCACGUGGGCCACGAACACCUCGCGGAGCCCUAGGAACGUCUGCUUGGGAGGCUACCUGAUGUUACGUUGUACAUUUUUAAAAUUUCAAUCGUAGUAAAGUAGAUACUGAUAAGGUCUGCUCAUUAAAGGUACAAUUAAACAAUCAUACCAGCUCUCUCUUUAAGCCUUCUUCUUUAAUGUAGCCUCAUUUUUAAGUGUACUUUGACAAUCAGUGUAAAGAAAGACAACCAUCGGCUACGAGUCGUCAAAUGUGGCUGUAAGAAAAAAGUAAGCGAAACUGAAGCGCUGGAAAACAGUCUAAGGGAACAAAAGUUCUAAUUCUCAGUUUAACUCGGUUCUAUGUAUUGAGUGUGUGUUGAUUCCUUUCGGGUGUAUCCAGGAACGAAUUCAUUUUCGAUCUUUAAGCGGUUUUCGCGUUUCUUCGGAAAAUCCAAAUCUGGAUUUUGAUCUUGAGAUUCCGUUUUGAAUAAGAUUUGCUGAUUUGAAAUCCAUGAAUAUAAACAGCAAAUGACUAUCGUUUCUGAAGAGGAAACUCUCGAAAAAACAAUCUACUUUCUCAUGUUAGGAAGACUCCCAAUUAUCUCAAGAAUUUCGUUGGAACGCCUUAGGCUUAACAAAUCAAAACCAAGCUGGGCAAUUACAAGUGUCGUUGUAAUGUUUGCUCUAAUUAGAUUGUGCAACAGUAGAAAGUAUACGUGGUUAGUUUAUCCAGAAUUUUUCCCUUUCAUCGUGUUUUGUUAGUUGAUUGAUUGAUUGAUUGGUUGAAUGAAUGAUCGAUUUAAAAUUUCCAACCAUUGGUACUUAAAUAUUUCCCUGAAGGUUACCGAAGAAGAUGCCGUUGCAGCUAUCAUGCUGUAUGAAGAUUCUUUAAAAUGGAAAUACGGUAAUGUACUGACUUUCAGGUGUGAGAUUGAAUGAAAUCUGAAUUGGCAGUCCAAAGCUGUUAUAUGUUCUUUACAUGGCAGACGGGAGGUGGUUCUGGUGUUGAGUUAGGGAAUGAACUUUGUAUCGGCCUCCUCAUUUCUAUCUCAUUAUUAUUUUAAUAAGAAGAAAACGGCUGGUUUAAGCUCUUUUUUCUUCGGUCAUUUUUUUUUGUUUCUCCCAGUUAUAUCACAAUUCUUGUAAAGAAGCUUAUAACAGGUGUAUUCUACUGUGAAAGGGUAGGGUUUUUAAGCAGUUUAUUCCGGGCUAAGCGAUAUAAAUCAUAGGAGGAAUGUGUCCAUUAACAGGGUAUCUCGUAUAAAAAAUUGAUCGUUGGUACAAAUGUCCAGACAAGACUGGAGUUUUUGGUCCAUAUUUAAUGUGGGAUGGGGUGCUGAAACUUAGUGCCUAAUCUUGAAAAGGGUAGCAAAAUUACAGUUGAACCGCCGGUAUUCUAGUGCAGAAUUAUGGUUUCGGGAUCCCAGGGCCGGGCGCACCCUCACUCAAAAUUCCUCAGUGAGUACAUCUUCCUCAGCGCCUGUAAGGAAAUGGGCUGUUUCCCCUUUUCUUUUUAAAGUUACUGGGUCUUAGCCAUGAAAAUGAGAUAGAAAUAGUGCCAUAUCUCAAUACGUACACGGAAAUAUAUCAACUUCAUUGCAAAGUUGAACCGCCCUUCUAAGAUCCAUCUUGGAACACCAUGUUGUUCUCGCUUGUUAACAGGCCUUUCUGGUGUUGGUCCAGUGGACCCGCCUACUCCGGCUGCUGAUGUUUCCGACUUCUUGGGACCAAAGGUCAGGCACUCGAUAGCUUCACGGUAACCCUGUUAUAACCCAGAACUCGCACAGCCCACAAAAAGUUUCAUUGAGUUUUUCGUAUGAAACAGAAAAUAACAGGUGCCGAUUACCCUGGUGAAAAUAUUCAUUAUCUGAACCGAAUUCAGCUUAUGAUUUCCAUUUUAUAUAUAUAUUUUUUUGCCAAAAUGGUUAGUAGCUUUUGAGACGUAGAGGUGUUGGAUUCAGUACAUGAGAAGUUUAUCAGAAUAGCAUAUACCGCGGUAGACCCAUUCUACUAUUAGUGAAAUAUCACUGUUGUUACAGAAAUUAUUCUAUUUCUCGCAAAACGAAGGUGUUCUCCAUCUUACGCUGAACUAGUGGAUGACAGUUUUUAUCCCUUGAUCUUUUUCAUAGAAUGAUGUCAGGAUGCAACAAAUUCAAGGAAGAAUUCGACGCUUCUGUUCAACUUUUAAAGAUGGCUGGUCACCCUCUUUCGUGCAGUUUCACGAAGAAUAG